AUGGCGACGAAAACGUUCUAUCUCUUGGGCGAGGACCCUUCCACCAGUCAGGAGAUUGAGGUUUCCAGCGCGCUGGAUGAGCAGGGCCUCCAGCAUCUCGUCGCAUCGCACUUCGCCAUCGUUGACCCAAAUGGCAUCGGCUUUGUUUCCGACAACGUGGCGCUCACAGCCAUGGCCGACAUCCUCGCUGCAGAAGGUCCCAUCGCCAUGACCAUCGACGGCAAGGCUGUGCGGGAAGUGCCCGGUCCCAAGGGCCUGCCCUUCAUCGGCAACUACUUUGAGGUCUACCCCGACCAUCUGGGUAACCACCAGCGGCUGUUCGAGAAGUAUGGUCCGCUCGUCAAGACGACCAACCUUGGAAGCACAAUCUACCAGACCAACGACCCUACCCUUGCCAACAUUGUCUUCAGCGAGACCGACUUUUUCUCCAAGCGCAUCAUCGACGGCCACCCGCUGCAGCCCAUCAAGAACAAGGAGGCCGGCGUCUUCCUCGGCGACACGAACACAGAGGAGUGGAAGGUCGCGCACAAGUUCCUGCCGCCAGCCCUCGGCCCCAAGGCCGUACGUCACUACGCGCCAACGAUGCAGAAGACAGUCGAAGACGCCUUCAAGGUCUUUGACGAGCUCGACGACCGCGACGAGGCCUGGAACGUCUACCCCUACAUGCUCAAGCUCGGCUCUCAGGCCGUCGGCAAGCUGGUCCUCGGCAUGGACUUCAAGCACUUUGCCGCCGUCGACGCGCCGCCCCACGAGAUGGUGAUGCGCAUCGCCCAGUCGCUCGAGCUCAACAAGAAGAUCACCUCCAUGGGCAGCUGGUACCGCAACCUGCCCUUCGGCGACCCGCAGCGCCUGCGUGAUGCGCGCGAUCGCAUCGAGGCCAUGAUGCGCGAGUCGGUCGCCAACGCCGCCAAGGGUACCGAAGACCUCGAGCUCCAGGAGGCCGCGCUGCAGGCGGAGAACAUGAUCGACUACGUGCUGCGCGCCAAGGACGCCAAGGGCAACAAGCUGCCGGUCGAACGCAUCAUGGAGCCGCUCGUUGUCGCGACAGGUGCUGGCUUUACGACGACGAGCUCUCUGCUGUCGUGGCUUCUCUACGGCCUCGUCGUGUAUCCGGGCAUGCAGGAGCGGCUGCUACAGGAGCUCGUCGACCACGGCUUCUCCGACGACACGCAGGUCACGGCCGAAUUCACGAACAAGCUCACGUUCCUCGACAAGUACAUCAAGGAGACGCAGCGCCGCCACAACCCGUCCUACCAGCCGGCGCGCACAGCUUCGGUAGACAUGAUUCUGCCGGGUGGCUACAAGCUGCCGCGGGAUGCCAUCGUCAUCCCGGCCAUCCACCAUAUCCACAACAACACCAAGAUCUGGGACAACCCGACGCUCUUCGACCCAGACCGCUGGGACACGGACCGCGUCAAGAACCGGCCCAACGCCUCGUACAUCCCUUUCGCUGUGGGACCCCGCAUGUGCAUCGGCUUCAACUUCGCGCUGCAGGAAGUCAAGGUGUUCCUGCCAAAGCUGCUGUGGCGUUACAAAUUCUCGCUGGCCCAAGACGGGCCGGUGGACUACGACCCCAUGUUCCAGCUCAUCCGGCCGAACAACCUCUACGUGCGCGCGGAGAGGCGGGUCAAGUGGCCGCCCAAGACGGAGUAG